UCCAGGUCACAUGAUAAACAAAGCUGGUUGCAGGACCUUGGCAAGGUGCCCUGAAGGUGUUUCGUAUAUGAAUGAAUAUUUUAUGAUGUCACAGACAACUCCAUGAUGGCAUUGAAAACUACGACCCAUCUUUCCAGCACGCUGCCACACGUUUUGAAAGAAUAUGUGCCGGAUUAUGAGCCCAAACACACAGCUCCUGCCAAACUUUUAACACAAUCUGGAUUAGAGUCUCCUACAAAGACUGACCAGUCACAGGGUCAACAGUCGAGUGGAGAUCUGAGCAGGCAGCAGUCCCACCGUACCACCGUCCACACACGGACAGCCAGCCCAUCACCUACUCAGUAUGGCCGUAAAAAGAAGCAAUUGAGUGAUGCUGAGCGCCAUGAACAUUUGUCAGAAAAGUGGGAUUUGGCCAAGAGUGAAGUACGCCAUGACCAGUACGAACAGCUGCAGGAGAAGAUCGCCCUCCAAAAGGAGCUUAUACAGAAACAGGACAUCUAUGCCAAGCAGAGGCGAGACCAAGCUGAACGCCUCCAGCUACAGAAAAAAGAAACUGAAAAAGCCAAGAAGAACGCGCGGGAGGCGGCUCUUGAGCAGAAGUGUAAAGAAUCGCUGGAGGAAGACAGAAAGGCUAGUCGAUCAGAGAAGAAGAAAAAUGUCAAGUCACCUGCUAACAGUGAUCAACCUUCAGGUGGCCAUGACCUUGGUAAGGCCAAAGGUGCAGCAAGGUCGGGAGGGUUCCAGGCUACCCUCCCUCCGAUGUCCAGAACUCCCUCUAACUUCAACCUAAAGGAAGGCAAGAAUAAAUGGCAGAAGCCUAGCCAGGAGGAGUUACAAUGGUACCAGAGCCAGCUGUACGAUAUGUUUGGGGAGGACGCCGACACCUUCUUACACCCUAAAAUGGAACAACAGGUCAAGGUCAAUCCAGCUCUCGGCAAACAAGGAGGAUCGACCCAGAAAAUGGACCAGAUUCUCGAGGAUUUGUCUUUUGAAGGCUUAGGGAGAAUUGGAGCUGCUAAAUUGUGGGAAACACUACGUAAAGAGUCUAUCAUGCGUUUACUACGAGAAGAUGCCAACAUUCCCAAAGAGCUGAAGGAAACUUACAGUGCCUUUGUUCGCCAGAGUCUAGGCAGUCAGCGAAGGAUCGUCCGCAGGAACUUCUACGCUGAAGAUGAUCGAAGGAAAAGGAGGAUGAAAGUUCCUGAGUUGGGGAGACUCCAGGAUGAUUCCAUGCUAACUGGUGUCCGGCACAAUAAACACAAGAUGGACCUGAUGUACCGGGCAUCCGUCAACAACAUGGACCGUACCCGCAUCCUCAACCACAAUAACCCCCUCCCUGACCUCGCGGAAGGGGAAGACAACUGUGUUGGUCGCUAUCUCCCGUCUUGGAUGGAUGAUACUGAUUCUGAGUCUAUCCCAGAAUACACCAAGUGGCUACAGACCACCCGUGGAACUGCAACCCCGCGAAUAGACAGUGCUAAGAAGAAGGACCCCUGGUCACGAGAGGAACUUGAUGAUGAACUGAUUCUUUUGAUGUCACGAAAAAACAAACCAAGCCCCAAGCCAAAGUUUGUCUUUAUGACAGAGAAAGAUUCCAGGGUCAGAGGUCAAUUUGCUGACAAGUUCAAGGAAGAGCGAGAAUAUAAGGAUAUUCCACGACCAUAUGCUGGAGGACAUCCAGAAAUGAAGUCUAAGUCGGUCAUGGGGGUGUUGGAGAAUUCCUUCACAUCAAGUAAAAGAGCAGAAUCUGCACCUUUACCUCAGAAGUUUAUAAAUAAUUACGAGUCCUUUACCACCCCCUGGGAGCCUCUCAGCAUGAACGCCCUAAUGGAGUACAAAGCCCGACUGGACACCGAGGGAGAGGGGGAAUUCAACAUGGGACGUACCAAGGUGUGGAAGACCGAAGUCAAAGUCUCGUGAACGCUUCCUGUCAAGGUGUGGAAGACCGAAGUCAAAGUCUCGUGAACGCUUCCUGUCUGAUUCUUGAAGUUACUUGUAACUGCCAAAACUUGAUUCAGAUGAUGACUUUGAUAUGUGAAUGUCUGCAUUCCAAAGUAAUUUUAAAAAGUUGUAUCAUACAAAUAAAUUGAAGUGUAGUAUAAUUGAGGAGCCAUUUUGGAGCUUGGUUCUGUGUUAUUACUGUAGGAGCAAACUUCUAACUCUUUACCCUGUCUUUUACCAGCAUAUAUAUAUAGGAAUAAAAAACAUCAUUAACAACUACAAGAUUAUAGUGCACAACAAUAUGACGGUUAACUAAACGCACACAUCAUAAAAGAAGCGCGAAUUUUAAAAACCAGAAAAAUGUUCAAUUAAAAACAAUUAUGAUUAAUUUAUGAUAUCUUAGAAAAUGAACAUUGUUAAAAUGUUGGAUUCAAUACCCACAGCCUAGCCAAAUUUCUUAAUUCUUGGUUAAAUCCAACCAAAUAUAUACAAAAUCCAUCUUUAAUACUGUGUGUGGACCAAGGGGCAUAACUCUUAGUCGUACAUAUACAGGGAGUCGCAUGUUAAGAUUGUUUUUAAAUAUUUUUAGAACGCGAUUGUGAUGGAAUGUGUAUAACAAACCAUCCUUAAUAGAAAAAGAAUGAUAUCUAUGAGUCUUGACGAAUAUCCUAAAAUUAUCUCAUUCAGUUGUUUAAGAAACUUUCGAAGAAGCUGAAGCAUUGUCUAUGUGUAAUCAAAAAUGUAUUUUGAAAUUUCAUAUUUUGAUAUCAAUUUUGCACUGUGUUGUGAGUAAAUAAAACUAUAUGAAAAAUAGCUUUCUAAUAUGUCAAAUACAGUGCUAUACCUGUAGAUUCAGAUUUCAGACUUCGAGGUAUUUUUUACUGAUGGUUACAGUGUGUGAUUUUGAAAGUGCUUUAUUUUUCUAAAAGCUGUUUUUAUCUUAUACUGAAUAAUUCAUAUAUGACAUCAGUGACAUACUGAAACCACAAGACAUUUUUCUAACGAUAUUUACGUAUUUGGGUUUUAGUUUUAUUAAAAUAUCACAUAGAAAUAUUUAUUACUUUUUAUACUUUUUAAAAAAUGUAUUGUGUUUAUUUUCCCAACACUCCGUUUGAUCAUAUGCUUUUACUAUUUAGAGAGAACAUAGUAUCUAGAUUUGCACGUUAUCACAAGAAAUUUAUAUCAUAAGAGAAAUUCUCGUGUCAAAUUGUUACUGAUGUGUUUUGUGAUAUUGAUGUCGGUUUAUUGUAUAUAACUUGUUUACUAUUAUUGUGAUUAUCAUAUUUACAUAUUUGUAAUAUAGAUAUAUUUAUAUUUGAACCUGAUUUUGAUUCUAUAGCAGUUCUGUGAUAAUAAUGAAGAUCUGUUGUUGAUAUUGUUUUUCAUCUCAAAGGGGUUUUAUUCAAUUAAAAUAAACACAUAUGCUAACAUUUUGUUAAAUUCCAAAAUCAACUGAGCAAAGACUAAAAAAAAAAAAA